UGUUAUUGAAAAAUAAAAAAAAGUGAUUAGUUAUCUUGAAGUGACUGCACUUUUGUCAGUUAGCUGACAGAGGAAAAAUGCGAGUCCUCCUUGUGGUUUAUGUUGCCCUUUUCGUGACAAAAAACGCCAGCUCUAACCUCGCCCGUAAAGAUCUCGGACUGAAGCCACUUUUGAGGAAUACCGCUGGCGCUAGGCGUGGCGCGGUAAUGGCACAGGUCGGGGCUGCAGGGGCAGAAAAAGCCAAGGAAGUACUUUCAGAGGCUAUCGACAAUCAACUGAAAAUCGUUGAUGAGCAGCAAAAAAGGGCUGAGAAUUUCCUGAAACAAAAGAUAUCAUUGGACAUUAAACCCGGUAUGGGCUGGAAGAACGAUGACAUGUUCGCCCCACCCGGAGUGCAUUAUGGGAUUGGCCUUUCGAGUGAUGAUGACGAUAAGAGUGGAGACUCAGAAAAAGUGGACCAGCCCCCAUACACUUACGCUAACGGCUUUGUUGGACCCGCUCUCAUGAAUGGGUGCUUCGGAAGCGGUUAUAAACCUGGAGAUCCGUGUUACACUGCCAAAGAAACUACGAAACAAUGUCGGGAUAUGAUUGACGGGGCUGCGUUUAUCGGUGUUGGGUUUGACGGCAAAGGGGAGUUCAGCCCUGAGUCCAGGAAGAUGAGCAUCAUACAGAGGAGUUGUGGAGGACAUUCCUACUACGAUGACGACCAGGUGCCAGAUACGAUGAACGUCCACGGUAUCUACGACACGUCCGCCCAUAUGUACACGUUCUCAUCACGAUCCGAGUAUCAGAGUUACCUGCAGAAGGAAGCUGGAGUGUCGGGGUCUUUCUUUGGAUUUUACGCAGGAGUCAAGAAAGCCUGGGGCAGUUCGACGAGCUCCAAUACACAGCAAUAUCUGUCCGUGUUUGACAUCGAUGUUACAAGAUAUGAGAUUUUCAAAGACGAAGUCAAGCCCGCAGACCUCAGCCAGGCCUUUCUACACGAAUUUUUGCAUCUGCCCGAAUCCUAUUUCCAUCCUGGUGCAGCUAGGGCAUUUCAGGACUUCAUUCUUCGCUGGGGGACUCACUAUGUCAAGUCUGCAAAGUUCGGUGGGCAGCUCGAGUUCAGGAAGACUCUCCAAGGCACCUCAAUAGCAUCAAAGCAGGCUGCGUCGGUUGUAAUGGAAGCGGAGUACAAAGGCCUGUUUAUGAGCGCUGGUGCUAAGUACUCAUCUAAAGAAGGGGAGGACAAAAAGUCAGAGCAUAAAUACUCCGCAUCGUCCAUUGCUGUCAAGGGUGGAAGUCAAGAAAUCGCCGCGAUUCUGUCAGAUGAGGGCACGCCAGCGUUCAAGAAUGAGCUGAAGGCAUGGUUAGCCAGUAUCCCCAAAUAUCCCAAAGCUUACAAGUUCCGUUUAGGGAGCAUCACAGAGCUUGUUAAUUUCCGCGCUGGCGAGUUGUUCCCCGAGGAGUACACAGAAGGAUGCGAUAAGGCCUUUUUGAGUAUGGAGGGUGAGAAGGUCUUUUACGAAAAAGACGGUAAGAACGGAAAAGAGAAGAUUUACUGUGACUUCAAGAGUCGCAAAGAGCUGGAAGAAAAGCUUAGAAGAAAAAGAAAAAGUCUGGAGCGAGCAAUUGAUGUCUAUAUGGAUGAGGGCCCUAGUUUAACUUCCGAUAUCACUGUCGGUCCCGGUCCCCCGGCAUGCGAGCUCGGUCUUGGUGGUCCUACUGAAGUGAAAACGCAUCCCACAUGGACACAACUUACUGACGGAACAACCAUCGCGGAGCUCGAGUUUGACAUGCGCGAGCCUCUUUACGGGAACCACGCGCCUAUUGCAAAGGACGCGAAAAGGCUGAUUAAAUUCAGGAAUAAUAAAUGGUAUACGAGUGAUGAAACUGGAAGAUUUGUUUUGUACAACGCCUAUCCUAGCCCCACUUCAAAUACAGAAGACAAGAACGUAAUAAACGUACUUGGUAUGGAGCUUGUUUACAAUCAGAACACUGGUCUACUCAAGAAGGAAGACAAAGACAGCCCAAUAGCAAUGUUGCGAUGGCCAAGAAAGGGAAAACAGAGUGAUGAGACUGCAGGUGAUGUUGCUGAUGACACGAAAAAGAAGAAAGACGCCGUGACUAGGAAAGAGGACCCACUGUGGCCCUGCAACGUACAAUGGCUGAACGAGAACAUGAUCAAAAGGACGCCCCAAGGGUCGUGUAUACAUUUCGCAGCAUCGAGUGAAGGACCGAUCUACGUCGUGUUCUCAUUGAACCCGAGCAACAAGAACACGUGGUACCACGUGAGAAUUGGCCCCAAAGAUGUGAUCAUCUUCAAGAAAGGUGUUGCAAAAACUGGAACAACCCACAAGAACGCCCUUGGGCUUGGGGACGCGGCUCUGUUCCAGUCGUACUUCGUGUGUCUGAAGGAGGGCGAGGGUAGCACGGUUAUCGAGUACGGGAAAUCCUACGGCAGCACAGACAGAGGGGACGUGUAUUUAUCACUGGUGGACACGAAAAAUCCCGUCGAGGUUGCAUUCUAUGCUUUUGGGAAUGGGGAAAGGAUGCUACACGUUAGCAACGUCAAUGUGGUUGAGAAGCGCGCCUUGCUGCAGGCAAAAUGUAAAGGGAUUACGCACAAAGACCCCGAAGGGAAGAGUCCUUUUUGCAUUUCCAAAUCUUGCCACUUGCUAUGUGACCCCAUCAUGGGUUGCACGGAAUCAAAUAAGCCGUCAAAAUGUGGGCGAUGCCGCCAUGCAAAAAAGGGAGAUACAUGUGUUUCUACCUGUGACGCUGGUCAAGCACCUUCGGGGACGGAGAGGGAGUGUGUCGUACUUUACGACCUCGUGUUUCCAACCAGAGGCACUACAGAUUAUGUCAGCGUUAGCAUCAAACAAGGAGUGUUUGAAGACGUCACUGUGUCCUACUGGAUUAAAAAGAAUUGUCCUCGCAGUGAGAGUGUUAUCAGCUAUGCUGUAUCACAGACAUCUGGGUCGUUAGCAACAAACGAAAUGAUCCUUGGCUCUUUCAAGGGUGAUGAUGAUCACGUAUUUUCAGUGAAAGGGGAUGCAUACAAAGAUUUUACUGCGAGGGCAAAGAUGCAGAAUGCCCUCUCAGUUGGUAAAUGGCACCAUUUCACAUUCACCUGGCAGGGUAAAACGGGCGAAUGGAAAAUUUAUGUUGACUAUAAAGACAUCAUGAAAGACAUCAAUACAAGAACAUUCAAGUCUGGCCAGAAGCUAAACGGCGGAGGUGAAUUUGUGAUAGCACAGGAGCAAGAUUCAAUCGGAGGGGGCUUCGAUGCUAGUCAGGCAUUCGUUGGUAGCAUCACUGCCGUAAACAUGUGGGAUCGAAUCCUUACUAUUGCCGAGAUCACCGAACACGCGAGUAGUUGUGCUCCGCCUGAGGGAAAUUUGGUCAGCUGGAAUAAAGUUCUGGAGAGAGUUGUUGAGAUGAAAAAGUCGUCUCUAAAGAAGACGUCAACGUGUAAGGCCGUGUAAAGAAGACACAGAAUUAUUAUGAACUAUCAGUUUUAGUUAUCCUUGUAUAAGCUUAACACAAGGGACUCUUAAAUUACCACUAGAGUUUCCAUUAGAGAUAUAAAAUAAUGAUAACAUAAUAAAAUGUAAUAACAAAA